CAUAUAUUUUCUUCGUUUCUCUUCCAGGAGCCGCACGAAAGACGGGUUUUCGACGAAAUUUAUACCAAUGGAAGGAAAAAAACCGAAACAACUAGCCUGCCAUUUCGCAGGUUCGUUCAGCUGUAUUCGAGAAAUAGCGGCCGCCACGUUAGAAUCAAUGCUGACAGAAGUGUCGACGCUAAAGGAGAAAAUAUGGAUAAAUUCGGUAAAACUGAUGGCUUUUAAAUUUAUAUCGUCAACUCCUGUUUACUUUGCUGUUGUAUAUACUUUUCUUUUUGUUUUAAUUUUUUGGUUCCUUUAAAAGUGUAAUAACCUGAAUUACCGUUUCACAAAGCUGCCACUUUUGUGAGGCUGCAAUUUGCGCGUUUUUCAACCUAAUGAACAGUAGCCACGCGGUGCCGAAAAAUAUCAUGGAUACUCGGCAGAGAUUUAUUCGAUUGUUUUAUUUCUUGAGGAAAAUUUGGUAUGACCUUUCCUGUAACAAUUUUCUCCAGAAUUUCGCUUUUCGCCUUAUUUCUUCAACUGAACUUAAUAGGUCAUUUCAAUUUUUUGCCGUCUUCGUGAACGCAUCACAUAGGUAUUUAAAUGGUUUACGUUUUGUUCUCUUUAACCUUUAACCACAGGAAAUUAUUUAUUCUUGUCCUUCUUGUUUUGAGGAUUCCUUUGCGUGAGUAACUCUUCGAAAGUUUGAAAAAGUCAAACGUUGUUCAAUGGUUUCGGAAAACGACGAAAUUUUUGACAUUUCUUUUUUCAAGAAACUCAUUUAGGUCGUUGAUUCUAUUUAUAGUAAAAAACACGAAUCAGCUGGAAUUGACUAUUUUAAACCUUUUUGAACAAAAUGUGAUCUGUGUCUGUAAUCUAACCUGUGCAGGAUAAAUGUGUAUGUGUUCUCGGUUUCAUCGAUGAGCUGCGGUAUUAAUUAUCACUUUUUUACAUUCGAGGAUUUAUAAACCGUUGUUUGACCAGAAAUUACAUGAUUGUCAAACGCGAUCAGUGUUCUGUUUACACAGUUGUGAAAGAAGCGAAAUUCCUGACAAUUUUUCAAUGACCACGCCAAAUGGCACAAAAAUUACUUCUCGUGACUAAAAGAAGUUGUACACUGUCUCCGUAAAACGCAAUUAAGCACUGGCUGCGAGAAUUGUAGUGGGUGUUGAGCAAACUUAUGCCUCACCGUGGUGGAGCUAUUGUCACUUUCUAAAACCUUUAUACUGAGUUUACUAAUCCUCUUUGCGCUAAUUGAAAGAAUGAAAGAGAUUUUGCCCGGCACGAACGCUUGUGAUUUCCCCCGUACGAUGAAGUAUAAUUAGUCUUGUCAUGCUGGCGAAAACAGCUCGCGGGGAGGAGAUUAUAGUGAAAUGCAAAAGUGAACUCCACGCUUUGUACUGUACUGCUAAAGAUUUUACACCGGCAACAUGUUAUAUGUAUUAACUGUAACAUUCUAUUUAGAACUUUUCAUUUACAAAGUAAACACCAAAUGGGAGUAAAUGGAACGCGCAUAUACGUAACUCCGACAUUUUUCAUUAACAUUAUGGUACGUGGGGGCAACCUAAACCGCAGUUUGUCGCAGAAACGCCUUGCUUGAGUCAAUUUGGUGUUCAUCAGAUUAAAAUUUUGGGAAGAUAGACAUGUGACAUUUUAGGGUAAACCUUAACAAGCUCAUUUGCACGCUCUUUUUCCCAGCGGUGGCGCAUAUAUGAAUAAGCUUGAACCUUAGAAUACUUCCUUUUGUUAUUUUCAGCCAAGCUUGUUGUUGAAUCUAUAAGUUUUGGACGCGUUCGAAUACGCGGAACAGCGACUGAUUAUUUCCUCUGUGUGGAUAAGAAAGGACGUCUUCGAGCAAGGGUAAGUCACUUAUUCGAAUUUUUUUUUCGUCUCAUUUACUGUCUGGGAUUGACAUAGCUACUAGAUGUGUUGAAAAAACGCUAUAGGCGCUGACACAUCGAAGGCAAUAGGUAAUUCUUUAGAGACUAAGCCCCUACUUUUAAGAAUUCGGGCCGGGUACAUUUAUUCGCGAGGGAUAAGCCGUUUAAUCUUAAUGCUAAAGCGGCUUUCCCUUCAAAAAUCACGAAGAUCAUACUCAUACUUCCAUUGACGAGCAAAAAAGAAAUCAAGGAUUGAAAAACGUCGAUAAACAAAAGUAUGAAUUUUGUUUAGUGAAAUUUAGACUGAGUACAACCUGCAUGCUUGUUCGAAUUUGCAGUGAAUUUUGAGAAUGACCUCCUUAAGAAACGCUUGGUGAGAAUGGAUGUGCGAGGCGAAAUACAACCGUUUAGUGACAUUAACGCUUUACAAAUAUUUCCACACCCACGACAUGCCUGUUCGAAUUUGCCCGCCGUAAAUUUUGAGAGCGACCUUUUCACUGGGAAGUGCCGGCUUCGCGAGAAGGGAUGUGCGAUGCGAAAUACACUGAAUCGUUUAGUGACAUUAACACUUUAAAUGUUUCAGUUCUACUGAACUAAAUGCCUAUUCGAAUUUGCCGCAAAUUUUGAGAAUGAUUUUCAUUAAAAACGCUUGAGAGCUAUGCGCUGCGUACACAUGUAUAUGGCCGUUUCGUUAUCGAACUGAUUUGCAUUAAUUACUUCCUCUUAAUCAUUUAAGGUUUUUGAAAGAAUAUUUACAUUAUGAAAAAUCAGAUUUAAAAAAGAAAAAACAAAAACAAACAAUUGUACAGCUACGGGCUAUUUUCCCCAUUACUCUUCGUUUUGACAUUGCGUUGGAGCGUAGUGAUAGAACUUUGAAACACUUAGUCACCACCAAUCAACUGUGUUAAGUGACUUCUGUCAGUAAAUCGAUUUUAUAAUGAAGUUAAAAUUAUCAGCUUCUCUCAAUCUACCGCAAAAUGAAUGACAGUAUCAUGAGCAUCAGACGAGAAUUCAAAUUCGACUAACAGACCCUUUAGAAAACAAAACGUGAACAUGCCAACAUGCUCGGAAACACUAACCAAAAUGACAGGUUACAAUAAUACAUACUCUCGAUUCGCAGUAUUGAGGUUAAGGACUGGAACAAACAAAACGAAAAAAAAAAGGUAUUUGUUUGAUGCUGUAAGCAUCUUUUCUAUUAAGCCUUUAGUCAACUCCAUUUUAACGCCUGUAUAAGACAAACAUACAGUCUAAGUAGAAGCAAAAUGGUUUCAGGGUUAAGCAGAUUUAGUCGACCGUAACAUCAAUGUUCUAACUUUUAGACACAAUUUUUUAAUGGAAGUUGGCCCUCGUGCUACAAGAUGGGUAGACAAUUUUGAAUUUUCUUUACAUUGAAAUUCCUGAUAACAAGACUUCUAUAACGUCUAAAUCCCACCUGAUCCCAGCUGCGAACGUUUUAUUUAAGGCAAGACAUGUUUGUCCUGCUCGGAAAAAGCCCACACGUAUCGAAAUAAGGAAACACAACACGACGCAGCAGUAGUCAGCUUGAAAAGUUUCUCAUUUGCAAACUGCGAAACAACGUGAGGUUAUGAAACCGCAACAAAAAAGAAAAGAACUUCAUUGAAAUAACCCUUAAGUUCUAACACAAUGGACUAAAGUUACCGCCCGGAAAGUUCAAAACAAAACCGAUGCACCGCGAAGACUGUAGAUGUACAAGUUAAUCUUUGUGUUGUUUCUCGCAGUGGCGGUUUUUUCAGUCUUUUUCUUUUUAUUUAUGAGCGUGGGAGUCUAUUUGAUUGGUGUUUUGGUUACCCGAGGAAAUAACACAAUUUAGAAAUCAUCUGUCACCUUCAACGAGCAACUCUUGAACGUUCUGGCAGCUGAGGAAUUUUGGGUGUUUCCAGUUACAAAGGAAGCUAACCUGUCAUGCGGAGGCGAAGCAUUAAUAUAUUUGGUUAAAUGAAGAAAGAAAAUAACGGCACAUUUCGAGUUGGGCACCCGCAAGUAGACGUAUGUGCCGCAAUUUUAUGACGUCUUCAGUGGUUAACUAAAAUGGUACUACAGUCGACUUCCGAUAACUCGAAUCCUUGCUAACUCGAACCAAAAUCGAUUUCUCCUCAAUAACUCGAACCUCCCGCUAACUCGAAGUAAUUUUUGUUUCCCCUCAGAUCACUUUUAUAUAAAUUUACCCUUGAUAAUUCGAACCAUGUUUUGAGCCCUUAUAAAGUCGGGGGAAAAAAACCAGUCUACUGGCGUCCGAAGCACUGAUUGAAUUUUGAAUUUUCCAUUGACGUGUACAUCUUGUAGGUAUAUAGCUUACUAGUGGAGGUUAAUGUUGUUUGUCACAACUGAUCUAACGUGAGACAGCUUUGCUUACAGUUAAACGCAUCUAGGCUGUUUUGUUACGUUACGUUCUAAUUUAUAGUCUAGAAGCAUCGUUCCAUUUGUACUUGAUAUUUCUACAGUUAAAUGUAAUUAAAAUGUUCACUGUACAGUAAAAACUGGUUUUUCCCUUACUUCCGGCUAUUUGCUUCGAGCUCCCGAUAACUCGAACUUUUUUCGAUUUGCCUUGAAGUUUCGAGUUAUCGGGAGUCGACUGUACUACUAAGCAAUACUCUCUCGCUCGCUCUCUCUCUCUCUCUCUUUCUCUAUAAAAAUUGACAAUUCAAGCCACUAUAUCAGUGAUGAACGCGCUGCUACAUAUUAUGCAUAAGGAAUCUUGACUUCUUUAUAGGCACAGCUAAGCACGGGACUGUAAAGCUGACAUUGACAAGGUAGUGCGUUUGCGUUUCUCUCCAAACUUGAAUGAGAUGAGAGGCACCCUAACCAGGGAUGGUUUUCACUUGUUUCCAACUUAAGUCAAGUCGUCUUUAAAGGAGUUAAAAUGCAGAGCGUCGAUUAAAAAAAAAAAUAACGGACAGUGAUUUCACAAACUCGGUUGUCGAUGAAGCAUAUUUUAUUGUAUCGUAGUAUCGCGAUUAUCUUAUUAAAAUAUCGAUAUUCCUAUAGUGAGAAGAAAUAUCGCAGUUCACCGGCGGUCAUGUAUUGGUGUAUCGUUGCAGCCCUAACAUUUGCAUAGUGCGCUUGAAACAACCAGCGGUUGAGUUAACCCAAAGAAAAAUAGUCAUAUCUUUACGCUGACGUUGAGCAGAACCCAAAAAGAGGCUUAUUCGCCAGUUUUCCGUAAAACUCAACCGCGUACUACCAAGAUCUUCAAACUGUCAGUAUCAUCGAUACUACAACUGAACACCAGGUAUUAAGGAUAUAGAACGUAAAUCCGAGACUGCUCUCUUUAAUCAAAACCGAGACAAAGACUUCACGUUAAACUGGUUUAAUGAGAAAGUUCGAGCCCGAGGCGUAAGUGAAACUCGAAGUUUCGAAACGUGCUUGCUUGGAUUAGCUGAGAUAUAAAUUCGACGGAUGUGGUUUGCACUGAGUUACUGACACAAGUCGCUGCUGACAGAGCCUUCGAGAAGAUCUAAAUCUUAGCGAGGCCAAGAUUCUGGUACUGUACUCUAAAAAGAACUCCAAAGGCGGUUAAAAUUUCCUUAGGCUCGCCUUUUUAUUGGACAUUCUCCAUACCACUUGUACUUGAAAGGGAGUAUUGAUCAGUCAGUUGUGUUGAAUUGCACAGUAUGGGUCUUAGCUUGGGUAGCUGACGGUUUUGGGAUCAUUAGACGUUUCUGGGAAACUGCCCACCUACCCCUCUCCUUAGCCAACAUUAACACUUACCUCUCACUUAGGGAAAAAAUGUUGGUCGGGGGAGGGGGGGGUGGGGUGUAGGGGUAGGUGGGCAGUUUCCCAGAAACGUAUAAUGAUUGAUAGAGAAGGAGGUGCGGUUAACUUUUUUCCCAAAACAGUCGUCCCAUGGUGCUGUUCGGCAGAACACUGACCUAGUCUCCGAAGCGCAACGUCAGAAUGGCCAAUGAUUAGGCCAUUUUCUAGACUACAAGUAGUCCCCCAUUUUUUCUCAGGGAUAGUAGAGCGAGCGAAAGGCGAGCGAGCGUGAAAAUCACCCCACGCGAGAAAAGGCGACCCAGCUGUCACUGUUGGGAUUAUUUUACAAUAAGAGGCCUUUGAUAGGGCUACAGUGGUAUAAUAUUUUAGUAGCUAGUCCUUACUAAUCCUGUCUCUAGAAAUAGAAACAGCGAGAUACAAGUGCAUUAGUAGAUCCGGUUUUAGAUAUACCAAGUGGGAGGGGAAGGGGGCGGGGGUUAUUCCGGAGCUAAAGCGACGGAGAUGAUCGAAAGGAGACAAACCCCAAAACCCAGAAAAUUGCCUUGGGGUUUGGCGAAGUUUUUUUCAGAUUUUUUUCCCUCUGGGAAUGACUCAUCACCUCCCGAGAAAAGUCAAAUGAGCGAGCCUAUUGCAUGCAGUGGGUAGGACACGCAAUGCCUUCUGGGUGGUUCAUCCGGCAUGUACUCUUUUUUUCGACGGAGAAAGCCCGUUUUAUAAUUGUGCUGUGCCAUAGGCAGCCCAAUAAAUAGUAUUUUUCUUCUAACGGAGUCAAAACGUUUUUCUAACAGGCGCGAAGUAAGGACAACUGCGUGUACACAGAACACUUGGCUCACAACGCUUACACGGAAUUUAGUUCUGUCAAAUACAACAGCAGUCUCGUCGCUUUCAACAGAAGGGGAAAACCUAGAAGAGCAGAUAGGCAGGGAAUAAAAGCAGUACAGUUUAUAGAGCGGGCAACAAACAUAAGGCUUUACAGAGGACGAAAGUACAAGAACAACCGUAAGACAAUAGAGUUAUACCGCAGGAAACAACCUUAUGAGAAGAUUUCCGUUUCGAUGAGGAGAUGGAAAGAGUUCAAACGGUGGCGUAAAUUGAGUAAGAGAACAGAAAAACUUGAAGAAAAUUCUUUGACUGCUACAACUUUACCCAGGAUUACAACCACGCUGCAGGAACAUAGAAACACAACAGCGGCGUCUGUUAAAGUUUUAUAA